CUCGUUUGCAGGACGGUGCCGGUGAGCUAGUGAUGCUCCCAGUGCCGUGCUCUCACCCGUAGUGUCCAGUCGGGAGUGCGGUGCCGCAGCAGGCGCUGCCCUGCGCUCGCAGCUGGCUCCGGUAGCACCGGGUGCUGCUGGAUGUCCGUGCCUGAACGCUGAGUGGGCUUGCAAUGACUAUGUCAGAAAACACAAGAGACUCAGCAGAAAGGUCACCUACAUCAGACCUCAACGUGGCACUGCGUGAAUGUAUGGCAGCUCUGGAUUUAUUUCUUAACAACAAAUUCUCAGAUGCUUUGGCUUCUUUACAAGCAAAGACUAAAGACAGCAUGUAUCAUGCCCUGACUUACGCCACCAUCUUGGAAAUGCAAGCUAUGAUGACAUUUGAUCCUCAGGACAUACUGAAUGCAGGAAACACAAUGAAGGAAGCUCAGGCCACCUGUCAAAGAUUUAGGAAGAAAUCUACAGUAGCUGAUUCUAUCAACAACCUUGUACAUAGACAAAGCCUUGAACACUUCACUGAAGAGGAAAUCCAUGCAGAAAUCUGCUAUGCUGAAUGUUUACUCCAGAGAGCAGCACUCACAUUCCUCCAGGAUGAGAAUAUGGUAAGCUUCAUAAAAGGAGGCAUCAAAGUCCGAAACAGUUACCAAACAUACAGGGAGCUGGACAGUCUCAUACAGUCCCCACAUUAUGUCAAAGGAGAAAACCAUCUUCAUUUUGAGGGAGGUGUGAAACUUGGAGUUGGAGCAUUUAAUCUGACGUUGUCCAUGUUCCCUGCACGGAUUCUGAGAUUACUGGAGUUUGUUGGCUUUUCUGGAAACAAGGAACAUGGUCUGCUGCAGCUUCAAGAAGGAGCAUCAUCAUACAGCUUUAGGUCGGUGCUGUGUACCAUGCUGUUGCUUUGCUAUCAUACUUUCAUGACCUUUGUGUUAGGGACAGGAAAAGGAAAUGUUGAGGAGGCAGAAAGACUACUUAAGCCUUACUUGGCUCGCUAUCCAAAGGGAGCCAUAUUCCUGUUUUUUGCAGGCAGGAUAGAAACACUGAAGGGUAAUAUUGAUGCGGCAGUCAAUAGGUAUGAGGAAUGCUGCGAGGCUCAGCAGUACUGGAAGCAGUUCCACCACAUGUGUUACUGGGAGCUGAUGUGGUGCUUCACCUACAAGCGCCAGUGGAAGAUGGCUUUCUUCUAUGCAGACCUGCUAAGCAAAGAAAACACCUGGUCAAAGGCUACUUAUAUUUACAUGAAAGCUGCUUAUCUCAGUAUGUUUGGACCAGAUGACUGCAGCCCUUUUGGAGACAGUGAAGCUGAAUUAUUUAGGAUUGUUCCCAGUCUGAAACUGAAAAUUGCAGGGAAAUCUCUGCCGACGGAAAAGUUUGCAAUUCGGAAAGCACGACGGUACCUUUCUUCAAACCCCGUUCCCUUGCCUGUUCCGCCUUUGGAAAUGAUGUAUAUCUGGAAUGGCUAUGCUGUAAUUGGAAAAUGUCCCAACCUAACAGAAGGCAUGUUAGAGACUUUAAUUGAAGCAGAAGAAGCAUUGGCAAGAAGUCCAGCUACAGAAUUACUAGCAGAUGACCGGUGUGUGAUAAAGCUGUUAAAGGGAUUAUGCCUCAAGCACUUGGGCAAGAUCUCAGAAGCAGAAGACCAUUUUAAUUACAUCUAUUUAAAUGAGAAGAAGAUAAAAUAUGACCACUAUCUAAUUCCAAAUGCCUUGCUGGAGCUGGCAAUACUGUAUCUAGACCAGGAUAGAAGAGAAGAAGCAAUAAAACUUCUGGAAAAAGCAAAACAAAACUACAAGAAUUACUCCAUGGAAACAAGGACACAUUUCAGGAUUCAAGCUGCCCUGCACCAAGCCAAAUCCGCCCCAGAAAAUGGAAUGCACUCUGGAGCUUCAGCAGUGUCGUAACUUUUUCUUCUUUGAUGUCCUGUUUGUUGCAAACUUUGGUGCAGAAAAUUACUGACACUUUAGAAUUAUUUUUCCUUCUCUUUCAAGUCAGUGAAAAGCCAAAUAACUUAAGAUUUUAAAGGUGAUGCAUAAAACGUUAAUCUCAUGUAAAUAACAUGGCAAAAAACCUCUCAAACCAACCAUAUAACCCUGAAAAAUAUUGUUUUUCCAGCAGUGGCUUUUUGAAUACUUACAUCUGUGUCAUUCAGUUUUCAAUCACGUGCCUUUUUCUUGCGUUCGCAACAUUACGUUGUAGCUUUGCUUAGCGAGAGAGGGGAACAACUGAAAAAAAACACAAACCCAAACAACAAAACUUCAUGGAUUUAAUCUCAUUUAGCUCUAAAUGUUUUGUUUGGAUCCACGCUGCCAGCAGUUGAGGAGGAAGCAUCGCUUUUUCCCAGUACCUGCGUUGUUGGAAUGGUGUGAGAAAAUCUUGAUGCAGAUGAAACACAUCAGGGAGGAGCUCUGGAUCCUGGGCAUUUCUAGUUGUGUGUGGGAAGUUUCUCUUUUACCAGUUGCAUUUUGCUUCUUAAAAAAACUUGCUGGUGAAAAGAAUGGUCUCCCUUAUGCUGGUGCCUUGACUUUAAUUUGGCUUUCCUGUCAAGUCUGCUGCUUGAGACAGCUGAAUAAUUUACUGAGGAUUGUGGGGGUGAAAGGUGAUGACAGUAUAAAACUGCAUCACUUCUUCCUUGACCAAGGAAAGUUCUUAGAAAAUGCUUUUGCCGCAGUGAACCAUGAUCUGAAGUUUAUAUCAAAUUUAAAGCACAAGUCCUUGAAGGUCACUGAAGAAACAGCAAUAUUGCUCUGGCUGCCCAGCCAUCCAGGGGUUAUGUGACACUCCAUUCCUUCUUAAAAGGAGUGUUCUUAGGGUUGCCCAACUGGAGAUGUCCAUGUUGAAAGAGGCCGAUGCUUCCUGUGUGAAGAAGCUGGGGCUGCAGCAGGUUCCCUUGGUACAAAGGAGCCCUUUGUCUUUUUGCUCUUUAUUGAUCUUUUGGGAGAUUUUCCAUGUAACUGGCUUUGGGAAUAGAGCAAUGAGCUGCUUCCCAGUGCUGGCUGCCGUGGAA